CGUGUCUCUUGACACUAACCAUUGAAGGAAAACGGAGCAGAAGAGCGAAACAUGGCGACUUCGAACAAUCCGCGGAAAUUCAGCGAGAAAAUCGCUUUGCAUAACCAGAAGCAGGCAGAGGAGACAGCGGCGUUUGAAGAAGUGAUGAAAGACCUCAGCAUUACGCGUGCAGCGAGGUUACAGUUGCAGAAAACUCAGUACUUGCAGCUGGGACCCAACCGUGGCCAGUACUAUGGAGGUUCUUUGCCAAAUGUCAAUCAGCUUGGAAACAGCGCUAUGGAUAUGUCUUUCCAGAAUUCAGGACUGGACACAAACAGAUCGACGCGACACCACGGGCUGGUGGACCGAGUCUACCGGGACCGGAACCGCAUCACAUCCCCCCACCAAAAACCCCUGUCAAUUGACAAACAUGGACGCCAGAUUGACAGCUGUCCAUAUGGUUCAGUGUAUCUGUCACCACCACCUGAUACCAGCUGGAGGAGGGCAAACUCUGACUCAGCACUGCACCAGAGCACGUUAACUCCAGUCCAGCAGGUCUCUUUCAUGGGAGGAUCACAGGAGCUCCAGCCAAAAAGAGUUCUCCUGCUCACUGUACCAGGGGCUGACGCAAUUAAACAAGAGGUUGAUGAAGAUGGACUAAACCAGAACUGGGAUUGCAAAAAGAACAUUUCAAGGUCCAAGCUCUGCAAAGUUCCAGGGAUCCACAUAUUCCCGUCUCCGGACCAGCAGUUGACCACUUCACUAAAGCCAGCAGCUCACAACACUGGCGGUUCUCUUCCUGACCUGACCAACAUCCAGUUUCCUCCUCCGCUUCCCACCCCGCUCGACUCAGAUGAUGCAGUGGCCGCCUCGUUCAGCUCUUCCAACAGCACACAGACCCUGGCCAACACGCAAGGAGUGAACACUUCUCAGCCCACAGUAACCAUGGAAAUGCAGCCUGAGCAGGACGACAUGGUUCCUCUCAUCCUGAAUGCAGGAGACUCCCACCAGCACCAGAACCUUCAGCUCUCCCCAACAUCUCCUCCUCUCACCCUCUCUCAGGCGGCCAUCAACGCCAUGAACCUUGAGCAGCAGCUGUCCCAGUAUGCCUUCUUCAACCAGCAGCCGUCGUCCCAGACCCACCAGAGCCAGCAACAGACAGGUCUGGUCCAGCUGCAGUCCUCCGUGAACUGCUGCUCCACGUCGGACAACCAGACGUCAUCACAACAUGACAUGACCAUGGACAUGAACACGGCCUCCUCCCUCCAACAGUACCGCAGUAGGGUCGGAUCCUCUGCCAAUCAGUCUCCAACGUCCCCCGUCUCCAAUCAAGGCUUCUCACCUGGAGGCUCGCCUCAACAUAACUCCAUACUGGGCAGCGUGUUUGCAGACUUCUACGACCAGCAGCUCCCGUCCAUUCAGGCCAGUGCUCUCUCGCAACAGUUGGAGCAGUUCAACAUGAUGGAAACCCCCAUCAGCUCUGACAGCCUGUAUAACCAGACCUCCACCCUCAACUACUCCCAGGCACUUAUGAUGGGUUUGACUGGCCAUUGCAACCUUCAGGACUCGCAGCAGCUGGGCUACAGUAGCCAUGGCAACAUCCCUAACAUCAUUCUCACAGUGAGCGGAGAGUCUCCGCCCAGCCUGCCCAAGGACCUGACUGGCUCGCUGUCCACAGAUGUCAGCUUUGAUGUCGACUCUCCGUUCCCACUGGAUGAUCUGAAAUUCGACCCGCUGACACUUGAUGGACUACACAUGCUCAAUGACCCGGACAUGAUCCUUGCUGACGCCGCCACAGAGGACGCGUUCCGCCUCGACCGGCUCUAACCACACCACCACCACCACAUGCUCAUGCACAGGUGUGUAAAUGCUGCUGCCCUGGGGGGAGCGAGGAGGUUCGCAUCAAAGAGAAUAAAAACCAAACGGAGCAGAUUUCUGCAGCGCGCUGGUCGAGACCUCGUCUGGGCAGAGCAUCCCCUCCACACCAAACAACCCAAUCAAACCCCACAAGAGAGCUUUUAAAAGAAACAUGCGUUGUAAUGUUUUUAAAACCGGAAAGAUGGUUCAUGACUGAUGACACUCAAGGUAUGGUAUGAAUGAUGUUUCUGUCACUACUUUGUGUGUGUGUGCAAAUGACACAUCCAGUUUUGAUUUAUUUAGAUGCUUAGUUUUCAUUUCGAGGGAGCUUGAUGAAAAUAUCAUAAGGGCAGAAGUAGGCAGGUCACUUAUUCUCCAUCUGUGACUGAAUGAACCAAGUCUGCAGAGCAAACCCUUAACAAUCUACCUGUCCCACCCCUGUUAAUACAGAGUAGCUUUAUGACUCAGAGGAAACACCUGUCAAGUUUGACUACCCUCCGUUCCGAUCUGGUUCCUCUCAGUAGUACAUAUAGUUCGGAUAUUAAAUUAGUGCAAAUCCCUGUGUAGUGUGUCAUAGAAGCCAAAGACAGGCCUGCUUUGAUUAGUACCAAAUUUCCUUUAAAGUCCUGAAUGGCGGUCAUUAUUUUGCCACCUAAGUUAUUUUCAGGAGAUGCUGGUUUUUUUUUGGUUUUUACUGUGGCAAAUAGCAGUCUUCAGUUAUGCAUGAAAUCACAAAUCACUGUGCAUACUUGUUUUGCCUUAAUAGCUUGACAUUUUGGUUUUCAUGCAAAGAUGACUAAUAUGUGAAAUAAGAAAAAAAAUGUAAUUGUUGAGUCAUUUUUACUGUUUUACAUGUGGCUUUGGCCUACAUAAUUCAACGUUGCAUUACUGUAGUUGUACUUUUGGGGUGCGCUGAUCUUUAUUCAGUACUUCAUCCAUCGUUCACGACCUUGUCAUUUUGGCAUUCAUCAGUCAAAUCUAAAUGGAUAUACGAGUCCUUUGUUAUGAAAUAGAUGUUUACAGGCUUGUUUUGUUUUAUAUUUUACAUGUACAGAAUGUGAUUAGAUUUUGCGUAAAUGGUAUCUAUGCAAAACUACAGCGAUUGGUCGAGGACUGUAAAAUGAAACAGAUAAAAUGAACCCUUACUAAAGGAAGCCAAUGUGCAAGGUUCUUAUAGAAUGCACAGUGCCAUGUUUGAUUUCUUUUUACUACUUUUUGCAUUUUCCUUUCAGACUAGAGAAAAAAUGCUCAGUGCGUGUGUCAUACAGUAGAAACUCUCCCGGAGUACUCCCAAAUAUGUGACCUCAGUGUAGUUGAAAUAUAUAUAUUUUUCCAAACAAUUGAACUGCCUCUAUACUAGAACAGCAUUGUUGAUGCAAUGAGAAUGUAUUUAGGUCACAUCUGUAAAAUUGUGUUGUUGCCAUCCUCAUUGCCUCUCAUAUCUAGCCUUCAUGGACUGUAGGACCAAAUAGUUGUUUUUUUCCUCCCUGAAAAGGAAAUGGGGCAUGAUGUUUUACGUUUUCUAUAUUAUUACUUUUGUUUCCUUGGCACUACAGUGAGACUAAAUAUCCGUUCCUCGUCAUGCUCGUGUGUCCGUGCCCCUUGUUGAUUUCGAUGUCCCAUGUCUCUCCGGGCUUUGGUUCUGCUUUUAUUUUAUUUUUUUCUAUGGCUUUGUUGCUGUUAAAAAAAAAAUCAGUGAUAGGAUCCAUUGGAUUCAAUUAUAACUGUGUCCCAUCUCUCAUAUUGCACUUUAUGCAUUUAUUUAAAAGAGAUUUAUGAGAGUUUAUAUACCCCCCCCCGUGACUGUUAUGUGCCCUGUUUUUGAUUGAAAUUGCCUUCUUGUAAAAAACAAAAAAGAACAGAAAUAUGAAAAAAAAGCUAAAUUAAAUUAUAGUUAUUUUUUCAUAUACAGAUGGUCUAUUUAAAAGAGCUGUUUUGCUUAAUUAAAGUGAGUAUUUUGUUAGCUGUCUACUGUUACACAGUUUUUCCAAAAAAAGCAUUUGUAUUUUGGGACAGUGAUGAUCAUGUUCCUGAUGCUGCAGCUCUUUCUGCUUUUGACAGCAGGUUUGAGAAAAUGGAACUAAAUCAACUAAAAAAAGUAUAAUUAAAUAUGGAUUAGCAAAUUAAAAGUAUUAAAAUAUUCAAAGAAGCAGGUACAGUGUAAUUUCUCAUUUGAAAUGUGCAUAUUACAAAAAUAUUGUGCUAGAUUACAUCAACCAGUCCCUGAAAACUAUUUUAUGAAAUGUAUGUUGUAAUUCAGUCCUGGUAUAUUUACUAUUAAAAUGACCAUAAAAUGAAAUAUAAGUUCAUAUCUAGGAAACUAUAUAGACAUUUUUUUUAAUAAAUAUUCUACACUAUGAAAAACACUAUUCUGUAGCUGCAACAAUUUUUCUGUUGAUGUGCGUCAAGGUCCUCCAGUGUCGGCAUAUUCCUCCAUAAUUUCUAACAUAAUGUCAAUCCAAAUUGAUAAUGUGGAUUGAAUCUGUUAACAUUAAUUUAAACUUGAAGAUUAUUUUUUUUAAAUACUGGAUGCAUUUGGUUUCCCACAAUUUUAGUAAUGUUGUGACCGCAUGGAUAUCUGGACAUGUCUUCUCCUUUACGGCUUGGGUUUUAUUUCCUUUGAAGGGUGGAGUCUGCUUUGUUUGUCGAGUGUUUUGUUUUGGUAAUUUGUCUCUUUUUAUUUCCGCAUCAUGUGUCGGCUAAUCUACGUGCUACGUGAAGCCUAAAAGCAUCGGAAAUAUGGUAAUCAGCCUUUUAUGCACAUGUAUGAGCUGUUUGGCACUAUGUUUUACACUGCAAUAUGCUGUAUGUGCUUAUUUUCUGUGCAACGCCCACAGAGUUUUACUAUGUCAUGGAAAAUUUAGACUAGCUUUGUAUAUUGCUGUAAGGUAGGAACAAAGUUUUUUGUGCUUUAUGUGUAUAUGAUGUCAAAGUGAGAAAAUGCACUGAGAAAUACUGUGCUGCAAUAUGUCAUUGUGGCUCUAUAUUCUCUGCUGGACCUCAGACUUUAGAGUGAGCCUGACAUCUUUGUCGGUCCGUUUUCGGUUUUGGUAUUCCUUUGAACUUUUUGUUGUGCUCAUGCAGAUAGCUCUGAGUGAUGUGUCGCCUGUUACUCCCACCUUUUCAUACAUCAGCAUUGAGGUAUGCAUUGGUAUGGUACCAGUGUUUACAGAGAUAAGAGUUUACAAUAGAGCAAUGUUUGUUUUUCUCUUCAUAUAACAUGUCUGUUAUAUACUGUGUCUGGAAUAUCGGACUACCUAUGAACCACUUGCAGUGUAGAAUAGCAAAAUGACUUUGCUUUUUAAAUUUAAGAGUGAAUCAGUAAUGCAAUUUCAAUACAAUAACCAUAUUAAUAUAUCCUAUUGAGGUUUUGAAGUUAGAUGAAUGAAUUAUAUUUCCUUUGGACUUCGUAUGCAUUUCAAAGCCCUGAAAGCACUAUUAAUUUAAUUUAUAAAUUACUUUACUCUGCAGAAAUUCCCCUUCCUAUGUACUUGCAAGGAGCAGCUACAUGCUAUCAGAAUUUUUUUUUUUUUUAACAGAAUAGGUACUAUUUAGAUUUUAUGAAUUUAAUGUUAUUUAAUGUCUGUCAUCAGUACUGUAUAUUCCUAUUUCUUUGUGUUAAAUCGACAGUUGAACCAGAAAGCCAAAGUUCAAAACAGCCACACACGUGAGAGUGCUUAGACAUUUUAUCCUUCUGCUGAAACACACCCUCUCCCUUUUGUUUUCCAAAAUAUUGUAUCGGGGUACGAAUUAUUUCCUAUAUAACCUAUGAACGUAUCAAUGCAUUGUUUACAUUGAACAUAGUAACAGAAAUUCUUGCAGCAUAACUUAAAGAGAUGCGACUGACAUAUUCUCUCUCUUUUCUGCAUGAUGCUGCAUUUCAAAAUAUCUCAGAAAAUACCUUGACAUACUGUAUUUUGCUUUAAAUUAAGUAUUUAAUUAUGCCUUGUUAUACAAAUAUGCUGUCAAGCACUAUUUUGUAGUGAAUAUUACUAUAUACAGUACAUCUUGUCUGAGAAACAACCUAAGAAAUAGCUAACACUGUACAGUCAGCCUAUAUACAUAUAUACACACUAAUCUGAAUCAGGAAGAUGAAACCAAGUCAUGGUCAUGUUCUGUCACUCAGUGGGUUACCCACAUCUAUGAAUCCCUUGUGUGCAUUUUGAGAACAGCCUGCUGCUGGUUCAAGCCUCAUACAAUGGCAGCUAAAUUGUUUUACGACGUGUUUUGUUUCUGAGUACAGUAAUACUAUUCUAAACAAUGCACAUGCAUUUUACUGCCGUGAAGGGGUGCACUAUGCUCCUAUGGUACACUCGCAGCAACAGGAAACAUUAUGCUCAUAGAAUAUGCAAAAUCUAGCAUUCUGCAGCACAGCUUGGCAAGUUGGGACGUUUUUUUUUUUAGCUAACCCUUUAAAAAUGACUGGUUCAAACCUUGUUCUUCAAAAUGUGUGUUUUCUAUUUUAACUGUCAAAUCGGACCAAAAGAAUCCAAGUUGACUGUAAAUGUGUGCUAUAUUAAAGAUGUAAUGCGCUUCUGUUUUGAACUGUACCUGAUGUAUCUUUCUUGUGUGAAGGCUUCUGUCUUUGUAUCUUUGCAUUAUUAUUUGUAAAUGAAAUGAAAAUAAAUAUAUCUUGACUAAGCAA